GGCGCAUGACUUGACCAAAGUCAAAGCGUGUUGGAGGCUGAGUGGCUUGACCAACCGUGUUCAGGCGGACCCACCUUCCACCCAAAUGACCCAAUAACUCGCCUUCUUCUUCUUCCCUUUUCUGGCGAAGAGGGGAGACAGUCAGAGCCGAAGACUUUCUCCAUCUCUCCCGGUUCUCGCCAUCGAUCUUCUAGAAGUCCCAGAAAAAGGAAGAAACAGUCAGCCACGACUUGUCCAUCUCCAUCGUUCUUUAAGAACGGGGGAACGGAUUCUUCAAUCGAUUUGUAGCAAACCUAACCCCAUCCUCUCAUUCUGUUUCUCACCCAAUUUGGCCUGAAUCGGAAUCCACCGCGUUUAGUUCCUUGGGAAGAAGGAGAUAUUCGAGUGAAGAGCUCCAACGUACCCUCGUCCAGCACAGCCGCUCCCGGAUCCGCCGAUAAUCCUGCAGCAAGAAGAACUUCUAAGCGACCAAAGUGUAUGCGAAUUGCUCCCCCUUUCCAGCUACGCUCUUUUCAGUUCUUUUUUCUCAACCCAGAAUUGUUUUUUUGUGUGUGCUAGUAGCUUACUGCCUAAACUUAUUUUCUCAAGAUUGUUUCUUUUUUGUGUGGCAAUGGCAAUUGGCAAACCGUUUACUCUUCCUCUCCCCAAGCCUGCGAAUUUUUUACCCUAAUUAUUAGGAGAAUAGUAAUUUAAGCAGCUUAUGGCAUUAUGGGAUGCACAAUUGCAUGAUGAUGAUUGUAAGCUCAGGGUUGUUUCUUAAUCAAGCUCAGUUCCCAAGUUCAUUGGAUAUAUUUAGGAGUCAUAGGCUAUGUUGCAUGGAUUGUUCGAGUAACUGCCACUUACCAUCCUAAAAACAGUUCCAUUUGGAUACUUGGGAGUUGGGACGCCCUGCACUCAAAUUAAUCCUUUGUAAAAUUCUGAAAAAAUGGUGUUUCCAUGUUCCUAGCCCCACUUGAAUACCUGUAAUUGCUAAAUUUUUUAUAGGCACCAUUUACCUGGAGGCCAAUGUCCCUCGGAUUCCCUCUCUUCCUUUGUGCUCCUGCUUCAUAGUCUCGCUCUUAGUGGUAACAUAGUAACCCAAUCCCAAAUCAUUUUAUUCUAUGCGAACUACUCCAGUAUGCUUAACAAAAAACACUGUCUUAAUGUGAUCUUUCCCUUGUAAAUUCUGAAUUUUAUUCAUGAGUUUGCUAGAAAAUAAUUUUAGAGUGAAUACAUAUGUACUUCUUUACAUUAUUCCCGAGCAAGGUUUACUUGUAUUGGCUGUAUUACAUGGAAAAUACGAACAAGAAGAUUAAAAAUGAUAGUUUUUGUCCAUUAGAUUCAAGGUUUACACAACAGGAACUUCCUGCUUGCAAGCCAAUUUUAACGCCAAAAUGGGUUAUCUCAGCUUUUCUGCUAAUUGGUGUUGUCUUUAUUCCCAUUGGAGUGGUUUCUCUGUUUGCUUCUCGAGAUGUUGUAGAGAUUGUUGAUCGGUAUGAAGCUGACUGCAUACCGAGCAACUAUUCGAGGAAGGAAGUUGAGUUUAUACAAAGUUCUCUCGAUAAAACCUGCCAUAGGACGAUCAGAGUCUCAAAGCAUAUGAAGCAUCCUAUCUAUGUGUACUACCAACUUGACAAUUUCUAUCAAAAUCACCGCAGGUAUGUUAAGAGCCGAAGCGAUCAACAGCUAAGGGAUAAGGAUAGCAAGGAUAAAAUCAGCACUUGUGAGCCCGAAGAUUCUUCAAAUGGGAGUCCUAUAGUUCCAUGUGGCCUUAUUGCAUGGAGUUUGUUCAACGGUACAUACAGCUUUUCCCGCAACAAGCAGAAGCUGAAUGUAAACAAAAGUGAGAUAUCAUGGAAGAGUGACAGGGACCACAAGUUUGGAAAGGAUGUUUUCCCACAGAAUUUUCAGAACGGGUCUCUGAUCGGGGGUGGGAAACUUGACAUCAGCAAGCCUUUGAGCGAGCAGGAGGACCUGAUUGUUUGGAUGCGAACUGCUGCUCUUCCAACAUUUAGGAAGUUAUAUGGGAGGAUAGAGGUGGAUCUCAAUGCAAAUGAUGUGAUUGAAGUCGUAUUGAAGAAUAAUUACAAUACUUACAGUUUCAAUGGGAAGAAAAAGCUUGUGCUUUCUACCACUAGCUGGCUGGGUGGGAAAAAUGAUUUUCUCGGCAUUGCAUACCUCACAGUCGGUGGCCUUUGCUUCUUUCUGGCCAUAGUUUUCACACUCAUAUAUCUCGUUAAGCCAAGGCAACUUGGUGACCCGUCAUACCUGUCCUGGAACCGGAAUCCAGGUGGACACUAGAAGGCCCUCACUCAUCUUCAUGUAAUGUACCCAUCAUCCAUCAUGUACAAACUACAACAAAGUUGUGAAAAAAGUGUAAACAUAGUUUUCAAAACAUGUAUGCUGUGAACGUAUCGAUGUCUCAACUUGUGGUGAUGGUUGAAAUUUUAUGUUCCUUGAUUCUUGAUUUGAGUUGGGGGCUUAUUGAAAAUAGACUCUCUAUAUCUAA